CGGAAACACGUUGUGGGAGACACAAGUCUACACAGCUGACGCUCUCCAACAGAGGAACCGCUCCGUCUUCUCUCCGCUUCACCUCACCAGAAUGCUCUGCGCUGCGCGUGACUUUCCUCGGAACCAGAACCAGAACCAGCCUCCGCGGCGUCUCCUCCGACACUGAAGCCCAGAUGCUCACCAUCUCCGCCGACAUGGACGAGUCUUCGUCGCUGCUGGAUCUGUUGGAGUGCUCGGUGUGCCUGGAGCGCCUGGACACUACGGCCAAGGUGCUGCCGUGCCAGCACACCUUCUGCCGCCGCUGCCUGGAGAACAUCGUCAGCUCCCGGAAUGAGCUGCGCUGCCCGGAGUGUCGCAUCCUGGUGGACUGCGGGGUGGACGACCUCCCGGCCAACAUCCUCUUGGUUCGCCUCCUGGACGGGAUCAAGCAGCGGCCGCACCGAGGAGGUGUGGGGGCAGGCGGCAGGCUGGUCGGGGGGGCGAUGCAGGGGUGCGCAGCCGGGAUAUGCGCGUCUCCCCCGGGCAGCGUGAACAGAGAGCUCCCCGUAGCAACAAGGAGCUCCCCGGUGAAGAACAUCCCUGCACUGCCCUGUGGUAAAGCACUCUACUCCUACGAGGGCAAAGAGCCAGGCGACCUGCAGUUCUCUAAAGGUGACAUCAUUAUCCUGCGACGCAAGGUGGAUGACAAUUGGUACCACGGCGAGCUAAACGGCUGCCACGGCUUCUUACCAGCAAGUUACAUUCAGCUCCUGCGUCCUCUGAGCCAGACACCACCUCAGGGCAAGGCGCUGUACGACUUUGAGGUCAAGAACAAAGACCAAGAUAAAGACUGUCUGGCAUUCAGCAAGGAUGAAGUGCUGACAGUAAUCAGGCGAGUGGAUGAAAACUGGGCUGAAGGCAUGCUGGGAGACAAGAUUGGUAUCUUCCCCAUCCUCUACGUGGAGCUCAAUGAAACAGCGAAACAGUUGAUGGAGAUUGACAAACCCGCGACAACAAACGCACCCGGACCCAGCACCGAACCGGCUCCCUUAGCUCCCUGCUCCCCGGGCCCAUCUCCGAGCUCGUCGCCGUCCAAUGGAAACGGCUCUUCUGGACACCGGAGAGGUGAGGGGAAGAAGAAUGCCAAGAAACGACACUCCUUCUCCGCGCUGUCCGUCAGCCAGAGAGCGGCCCAGUUCAACAACAGACACAGCAUGGAGAUCUCCCACCCUGUCCUCAUCAGCUCCUCUGACCCCAGAGCUGCAGCACGAAUACAGGACACAUCCUCCCCUGGUCCCUCUCCCUCUUCGGCAGGGGUACUGGUGCCCCCCAAGGUGGCAUCCAUUACCUCUGAGCUGUUGGCACACGCCAAGGUGCAGCUGCCUCUCAACAUAUACUUAGCUCUUUACGCCUACAAGCCCCAGAAGGCAGAUGAGCUUGAACUUCGGAAAGGCGAGAUGUAUCGGGUGACCGAGAAGUGUCAGGACGGCUGGUUUAAGGGCACCUCAUUGAGAACGGCGGCCUCUGGGGUCUUUCCAGGAAACUACGUCACUCCAGUGUCCAGGGCUCCAUUUGGAGUCGGUGCUACGCGGGGCUCCUCCUUGUCCAGUCCCGUCGGAGGAAGUGGAUCCAGUCAGGUCGGGGGCAAAGUCUCGGACCUGUCCUCUCCUGGAUCCCCUGGGCCUUCGUCCUCUCGCCCGUCGACCCCACUGGUCAACUCGCCCAACUCUGUGAGCACAGCCAGUCCUGCUUCUUCGCCUCAAAGCGCAGCUGCCCAACUGAAGAACUGCCUGCGCUCCAGUCAGCACACAGCCAGUCCGGCCAGAACCUCCAUGCAGCUUGUUCACAGUCCUCCUGCUGGAAGUCCAGAGCGCCCCACUGUGGCCAUAUCUCCCCUACGCCCACAAAGCUCCUCCCCCUCACGCUGCCCCGGCCAAUCAGGGCGACCGCUCUCCAUGGCGUCUCCGGGACCCAGUUUGGGGCCGUCGCCUCUAUCGUCCCCUGCCUCCCGACCCCACCUCGCCCUCUCAUCUCCACUGUCUUGCCUCACACCUCCCAACGUCACUGCGGCGCUCCUCAACGGCGAGCCGGCCAGCCCCCUGCAGCCACCGUCACCCGGACCCUCUCAUGUGACUGUCCAGGGAGCCCUGGCGCCCAAAGCAGAGAAGAAGGAGAGGAAAGCAGCUGGACUGUUGAAGCUUCUGUCGGGGGCUGCGGCCAAGAAGAAGACGCGCUCGCCUCCCUCCUCUCCGCCCACCCACGACCCUUCUCUGGCUGGCGCUGGAGCCACAGACCCCGUCCACCACCCGCACCACCACCACCACUACCACGCCCGCUCAGGUUCAUGUCCCAUGGUGUCGCAGGGGCGAGCCGGCUCUUGUCCCAUUGAGAUCGACAUGGCGGGAGCCUCCCGGCUGGAGCCGCUGCACAGGAAGUCCGGUUCCCUGGACACCAACUUCCCUCUGUCGCCGCCAGCAAUGAGAGCUGGCAACCCUCUGAUGGUCCUCCGACCAGAGCCCAAGCCCUUGUCCAGAGAGAGGUAUCGGGUGGUGGUCCCCUAUCCGCCACAGAGCGAAGCGGAGAUCGAGCUGCGGGAGGGCGACGUGGUGUUUGUCCACAAGAAGAGGGAGGACGGCUGGUACAAGGGGACGCUGCAGAGGACGGGCCAGACCGGGCUGUUCCCCGGCAGCUUCGUGGAGAGCUUCUGAGCCAGACAGAGUGAGACACACUCCUGAUCUCAGAACACCGAAGACACGUUUUUUUUUUUGGCCGUUCCAACUUGCCUUAAGAAGCUGCCAAUAACGAAACGCAGAAAUCGCAAAGUGGAAUUUUUCCAGAAAUGUUGAUUACGGCACAGAAUCAUUAAAUUAAUGAUUUUAACAAACAGAUAUCGGCUCAAAGCAACUUGUUUACAAGACAACCUGCUGUGAUGUUGAGCCAGAUUCCAGGACAAAGACGGAGGCACAUCUUCCCGAUGUCGACUACUGAAGGCACAGACACUCGACGAGCACAUGAUUCAAACCCAAACCUCCUGGUUCUCCUCGUCCACCAGCAAACACGAGCACAAAAAGCUUCUGCUUUCCAGCGAGACCUCAGAACCUCUUCGUUUGAAGCCUGUGGGAGAAGACGGAAGAGACACUCCUCGGUGUCCAGUUUGUGACCACAACUUUUCUUUCCUUUUCGCUUAACGUCUGUUGAUGCGUGUAGCAUUUUUCUCUUUGGUUCCGUGUUGACACUUGUGUUGUCCCUGACGCGUCUUGCUGUGCCGAGUCUUUUGAUCGACUUUAUUUAAGAACUCAAGGUGCAAAUCAGUUCAGUUUCCGCGUCUGGAAUCCGAUCUGUUCCCCACAAAAGUAUGUGCUGAAUGUAGCUACAGACAGGAACUCACGCCAAACCUCUUUACUGAGGUGAUUUCUACUUUUUUAAAUCUCGUGUGCUGAGAUUUAGGAACAGCGAUGCACUUGGCAAUAUUUGAUACGAGACAACAAAAUUUUCACUGUUUUCUACGACGUUUAAUUUGACAGAUGGAAGAGAAUGUCCCGUCACUGACAGACUUAUUUAAAGUAAUUUAUUACAGCGUAAUGCCAACAGUAAGGAAAUUUCGUUGGUUCUCGUGCCGCUUCUGUGAGUGUGUCAUCUACUUCCUGAGUGUGAAUCCAGGUCCAUCCAGUUUACAUCCGACUACAACAGCUACCUUUGCAACCGUUACUGAAGAUGUGUGUGUUUGCAUGAAUGUUGCCGUCUCUUGUUUCGUUCGUGACCCUUGUUUUGCAGAAGCAGAAACGAGCCAGUGCUCGACCUUUGUGGAUAUUUGUGUUCUCAAUACUGAAAAUAAGCCGUUCAUCUGAGAUAAGUACUUGAUUUUGACAUCACGCCGGACGCACACACUCAUCCUCAUGGAGCGACUUGAAGCAGGAAGAGCUGGGGUGAAGGUGGGUUGUGAGUUGCUCGCAAGUUAAACAGUUUUGCUACUUAAGUACGUACUUUGACCAGUGGACCAGUGUGUUCCACUCCUCUUCAGAACCUGAGGUACUGACUUGUUUUUUAUCCCAGUAGAGAUGUUUCCAGGUCACUGAAUUAUGAGAACCAACUUCCAUCAUGUCGAAACGUCUCCCUUAUUUCUGUCUCAGUCAUCAGUUUGUUGAAGGCGUGAGGCUCGUGAAGCUUCAUGAAGCUUCAUGAAACAGUUUCUCUAAAUCUCUCUAAAAUCUUUGUAUUUGAGCCACCACUUCAAUGAAACUUCACCUCAUUUUUAAAGGGAGAGCGCCACCUACUGAGCUCUGAAAACAAAAACUGUUUCAUGAAGCCUCAUCAGCCCAUCACUAUUACUCAUGCAAGGGAAUAACAGGAAGCCUAAAGGCCCAUUUAUGCUCCCUUUACGUACAAAACUGUACCCAAACAAUGUUACUGUCACUGACCCAUGUGCUCUUUACGUUGGUAUUGCUGUUCAACCAAUAUAUCCACCAGGGGGCAGCCCACAGUCAAAAGGUUAUGAUAAGGACAAACUCCAAAACAAACAUGGCGACUGUGGAAGAAGCAUUGAUAAUUUACCUCUUGCACAAAUGAGUCAACGGAGACAGUGUUCAAUAUAUCAUGACUUGAGGGCGGAGAACGUCCACCAUUCUAAUGUCUUCUAUGUAACUCAUAACAGCUACGUAUCAGGUAGUAACAGCAACACUGCCCCCAUGGUUUCCAGUGGAACUGCGUUUUCAGUUUCCAUAAGCUUUGUGGAAACGUGCAGCAAUACGGACGAGAUUAACCCAGCGCACAGAUAGAAAGGUGCGUCCGGAUCUAUAUAUAGCUUUGAGCAUAAAUGGGUCUUUAAUGGAUGCAGCCACAAGACUCUUGUCAUAAAAAUUGUUCUGAUCUUUGAAGUUGAUGAAGAAGAUGUUUUCCAGUCGAUAGUUUGUCAAAAAUAAUAAUGAUCCUCCUUCGCUUGCAGCAAAAGUCAAAUAGAUGAAGAAUUCAAUUCAGUUUUGUGCCUCCUCUUGUGGGCCACUUAUAGCGAUUUGGCGGACUGGCUUUGGCACCCGGGCCUUGAGUUUGACACCAACAACUCUAGUUCUCAGUCUGUUUUUAAGUGUUCAAAACUGGUUUAAAAAUGAAAAAAAACAGGUUGAGUAACUUGCAGACAGUAAGAUUUUCCAACUGAAGUGAAGGCAGCGGGAUUAUAGCCUCCAUCUUCUCAAAGAAACACAAGUUGUGACCGAAUUAAAUGUCCCAGUUGGAGGUCGCAACUGGUGGAACGCACCAUAACACUUGAUUGUGUGUCGGGGAGUUUUGAAUAUUCUUCACGGAUCAAUGUUUUUUAAACUAAUAACAAACCAACCUGAAAAUUAAAUCAAAACACAAUUUGGAAUUAGAGCAAGGCACAUUAGAACUGAACUUUUCAGAUUUGAGACGUUCACUGUAAUAAAGGGGAAUAACAGACUCGUGGAAUGUAGUUUUGGGGGAAAUGAAGCACGAGAUGUUUCAGAGAGCCAUUUAAAGGAGAAGUGAAACUUCUGUUCUGCUGUGGUUGCAGUGUAUGAUGGGUAGUCACGCGGAGCAGCCUCCUCGUCUUCAUCAUCUUCAUCACCUGCUUAACUUGAUGACGAAAAAAACCAGCAGAUCCCAGGUCAGCCCUGCGAACCAGUUAGUGUCCUUUAAUCCAAGCACAAGUUUCUGCAGCUUGUCUGUCACUUUUUUAACGUACUGAAAAGAGAGAGGUUAAAACGGCAAUGUUUUCUCGAGUUGCCACAACAUUAGGGAACAACCACAGGCUUUUUAUUGUCACUUAUUAACCGGAAUUCCAACAAGUUUAUUGCAUCUACAUUAAAUAGGAUAGUCAUGAAAAUGUUCCAAAGAAAAUUGGGAAUGCUAAGUGCUAACCAAGCUAGCUGUCCUUUAGCGCUUCUCGAAGAACACAGUGGCGUGUUUUAUCGUAGAUGGUUUAACACUUGAUCACCAUCAUUCUUUAACUUUAUGUUUCGGGGCGUGUGUGUGCGCGUGCGAGUGUGUUGGAGGGGUGGGGCUCUGGUAUGUAGCGGGUCAGGUGACACCGACGCGACAGAAGAAGAAGUCUAUAAAUAUAAAUAUAAAUAUAUAUAUAUAUGAAAUAAAUGUUGAGUUCUAUAUUGUGCAGAAUAUUUAUAGGCCUCUGGUGCCAUGGAAGUCAUCCUCUCUGCCAUGUGAUCAUUCUGCAUCGUCUCGUACCGAUGACCCGUGGUUGAGUUUUUUCAUGUCAAGUGCAUUUUUCGCAAUAAAUGCCUUUUUUGUUUUAAAUGACUUUUAACGUCUUUCUUUGCGGCCCUGGCAGCACAUUAAGCCGUGCUCCACGGCAGCCCUUCCCAGCCUCCGACCAGAGGAUCCCAUUAUAUCCUCCGCUCAUGAUCAUUAUCCGCCGUCUCCCAGUGAGGCCAUUAUGAGCUUCUGGAGCUUUUCGACAUUCCACUGCAUUAGCGUCUUUAUCGUCCUCAGACAAGCAGGUGAGGGAUGCUCUGUAAUAAACCCCGCUCUUUUCUGGUUUGUUUUUUUCUCUCUCUUGUUGUCCUCUUCCGUGACAUCCACUGUCACCGCGCCAACGCCGGCGUGGACUGGGGAGUGUAAUUGGUAAUUUCACAGUGUCGCCAUCACUCCACGCAAAUGACAAGCUCAUCUCUCCGGCAGCCGGGCCUGUCUCCUGCCAUCACCCCCAUUUGCAUUUAGAUUUGACUUGUGAAAGGUGAACGUGGUGGGAGCUGGUGGAUGGUGCGGAAUCCGCGAGCUAACCCAAACUCAGAGCGAUCAAUCUGGUGAAUUAGAUUUUUGCAGAGAUGUGGGAGAAGGCGUGAGAAAUGGGCCCAGCUUCUCCUUGGGUCUCCUUCCUCUCACCAGCGAGGGGCUUCAGCCUCCUGCGGGGAAUCGAUCUGCAGCCUCUGAUUCAUGACAAACGUAUCUGUCCACCUGUCUGUCGAAGGAGACAGAGGAGGUGAGAGUGGGAUUUUGAAAGUCGCCUUUCCUCACACAAAUUAGUUUCACUUCCCUCUCGUCUGUCACAGACUCUGCUCUGUUGAAUCUUUUUUCAUCUUUCACAAGAAAUGAUCCACUUUUACCUCUCGACAUCUGUCACACGAGGGGCCAAACUUAAAACUGCAUUUUGAGUUACUAUUUGACCUCUGGACACUCACUUUUUUUCCAUAUUUAUUUACUCAUGUUUAUUCAUGGCUGCAUUUGUUUUUAUCUUCUCUAAUUUAUUCCUUAAAUAUGGUUUCUUUUAUUUUAUGUGUAUUUGUUGUAUACGUUUUUCUAUUUAACUCAAUAAUUUACUCCAUUCUAUAUAUAUAUAUAUACUUUAUAUAUUGGUUUUAUUUGUCAUUUGUGAGUUCCAUGGUUUUUGUGUGGAAUUCCCACCUGCCACAUUUCCAGAUUUAUUCAUAUUUUCUGUAUGAAUGUGCACAGUGCGGCACAUCUUUGAUUCCGUACAAACCUUGACAGCCUCUGUUACUGGUGGAUGUUGGACCUUCAAAUGAAGAUCAGUUGCGCAGAACUGCGGCACCUUUUGGCGGCGAAUGAGACUUUUUAUGCUCCGGAAAUCUGACACACCUUUCAUAGGACAGUGUUAUAUUCAAAUUCUGCAUCUGUUGUGUUGCUGAAUUUUUUAAAUUAGUUUCUUUUUGUCUUUUCAUCUCCAGGUGAACUGCGAAUGAAGACAGAUUCAGAUUGACUGGUGAAUUUGUUGUUUGUUAGCGCCACCCUAUGGCCAUCCUGGUGACAUUUCGAAAUGAAGCGAAUGAUUGACGUUUGGCGGAGCAUUAUUGUUUAUAAUAUAAUAAUAUCAAUAUACGACAAAAAAAGGCCAUAACAUUAUGAGCGCAAUGUGAAUCAUCUGGACUUUAUGCACCAGGUCAGCAGGAAAACCGGAAGCUCCUUCCUGUUAUGGCAGCUGGAUAUUAAUAUUUCUGAAAAUUCAGUAAGACUCCACACAAGUUGCUCGUGGCGAAAAUACAGAUUUAUUUUUUAAAAGUUUGCAGUAACACUGUUUGUUCCAUAAAUACAAGUGUAGUACACAUGUGUGGUAAAAAGGUUUCCCUCUGUCAGGCAUCGCUGAGUUUCCCUGGAUUCCUAGCUCUGACAGA